AUGGUGAUGAUGAUGAUGAUGAUGAUGAUGAUGAUGAUGAUGAUGAUGAUGAUGAUGAUGAUGAUGAUGAUGAUGAUGAUGAUGAUGAUGAUGAUGAUGAUGAUGAUGAUGAUGAUGAUGAUGAUGAUGAUGAUGAUGAUGAUGAUGAUGAUGAUGAUGAUGAUGAUGAUGAUGAUGAUGAUGAUGAUGAUGAUGAUGAUGAUGAUGAUGAUGAUGAUGAUGAUGAUGAUGAUGAUGAUGAUGAUGAUGAUGAUGAUGAUGAUGAUGAUGAUGAUGAUGAUGAUGAUGAUGAUGAUGAUGAUGAUGAUGAUGAUGAUGAUGAUGAUGAUGAUGAUGAUGAUGAUGAUGAUGAUGAUGAUGAUGAUGAUGAUGAUGAUGAUGAUGAUGAUGAUGAUGAUGAUGAUGAUGAUGAUGAUGAUGAUGAUGAUGAUGAUGAUGAUGAUGAUGAUGAUGAUGAUGAUGAUGAUGAUGAUGAUGAUGAUGAUGAUGAUGAUGAUGAUGAUGAUGAUGAUGAUGAUGAUGAUGAUGAUGAUGAUGAUGAUGAUGAUGAUGAUGAUGAUGAUGAUGAUGAUGAUGAUGAUGAUGAUGAUGAUGAUGAUGAUGAUGAUGAUGAUGAUGAUGAUGAUGAUGAUGAUGAUGAUGAUGAUGAUGAUGAUGAUGAUGAUGAUGAUGAUGAGAUGA